AUUGAUAUUCGCAUUACCAUUUUGGAUCACGAUCGCUUCUCUGGUCCGGAUCUUGUGGGGGAAUAUCGAACCACACUAACGCCCUCAUCAUUAUUAAGUCACCAGACCUUAGAUUCGGGUGAAGUACGUUCCCAUCAUCGCGAAUUGCCAGGCACAGUAAUGAAAAUAGACGCUAGUAAAGUCUGCAAACCGGACCAUUACGGUAGAGAGUGCAAAUUCUGCCAAGUUUCCAGCGAAAGAGGCUACUGCACCGCAGUCGGCGAUGAAGUGUGUAUCUCAGUCGCGGAUGGAAGGGUGCGCAUUGUGAGGAGCAAGUGGACUCCUGCGAAUGGGAAGAGCUGCUUCUUGGACGACCCCCUUGUGAAAACAACGGCCUCUGUGUCAGUCGGAAGCACGGACGAGAAUUUACAUGCCUCUGUGAAGAUGGGUGGCAAGGAGCGAGAUGUGAGACGUCCUUCACAAAGGAUGCUAUUUCGAAGGGGAAAUGCGGUUGAAAUGCAAGUAGUUAAAUCUGACUAUCAUAACGAUCUUUCCCGAGCAAAUAAUCUCUACGAGGAGCUAGAAGGUCCCGCAAUGACAGUCCAGAAACCAGACAAAUACUUCGAUGAAUACGAGUCCGUGUCGAACAGUUUCUACGCUAGUCAAACCUGCAUAGCAUCCAUGCAACAGCCUCCUCUCCGCGACCCACCAGUCGUGACUGCCAAUGAUGGCCAUAAGUUCCACAGUUCUUCCGACAAGGAAUCACUUUCCGAAAUUUACACGUCACUAAAAUCAGUGACCAUUCCUACACCACAUGAAACAAAUGAGGAGGAUUAUGAGACAAUCAUCAAAAAGGAAAGUACCUUUGGUUCAAGAAACACUGCAGAUAAUUCCGGUGUGUUCAUUUCUCAGGGAAUCGAGGAUAGGGGACAUAGCAAGUGUACUGGCGAGAACAUACAAGAUGUUGAAAGGUCGCCUUCAAAUGAAUCUGGGAACGCUGACUACGACGAUUGUGAUGUGUAUGAGUUCAUCGAUAACGGCGUACUUAACAACAAUGAAUAA